CAUAACAUGAGGGGACUGGCCAGGACUGGCCUUACUGCCACUUGCAAAGGCAGGGAGCCCAAACGAAGGCUGUACAUGCUCCUCUUCCUACUUUUUUUUUAAUCUGUCGAUUGAAACUUUUCCCCGCAUUUUCCAACUCUCUGAACUUUAAUUCCAGACUGUAUUUCCUGUGAGUCCUGGUCGCGCAAUCCAGAUGUGUUGCAAUGGUGACAUAAGCUACUGACUGAGACUAGGAGCGUGGCUGACACUCCAUCCUUCCUCUCAUUUUUUAAUGGUGCUUCUUUUGGAAUAGUCAAAGGAGUCCACCCGACAUGAGUUUUACCAUGAAACUUCACAGACACUUUCAGAGAACACUGAUUCUGCUUGCCACUUUUUGUGUAGUAAGCAUUAUUAUUUCUGCUUACUACCUGUACAGUGGUUACAAACAGGAAAGUGAACUCUCUGGGAGGACUUCAGAAGCAGACUGCGGUGACCUCCAGCACAUACCGUCCAGGCUGAUGGAAGUGAAGAGGACAAUGAUUUCUGAUGCUUCAAGGACAGACCCCACAGUCCUAGUGUUUGUGGAGAGCCAGUACUCAUCCCUUGGCCAAGACAUCAUUAUGAUGCUAGAAUCCAUUCGAUUCCACUAUCACACUGAAAUCGCUCCUGGAAAAGGGGACCUUCCAGCCCUUACAGACAACGUGAAGGGCAAAUAUGUUCUCAUCAUAUAUGAGAAUAUUUUAAAAUACAUAAACAUGGACUCUUGGAAUAGAAGCCUCUUAGAUAAAUACUGUGUAGAGUAUGGUGUGGGUAUCAUUGGAUUCCACAAAACCAGUGAGAAAAACCCACAGAGCUUUCAGUUCAGAGGGUUCCCCUUUUCCAUAAGUGGAAACCUGGCAGUAAAGGAUUGCUGUAUUAACCCUCACUCCCCAUUGCUUCGUGUGACCAAAUCAUCCAAGCUUGACAGAGGUUCUUUACCAGGAACUGACUGGACAGUUUUUCAGAUUAACCACUCAACCUACCAGCCAGUAAUAUUUGCCAAAGUUACGACUCCAGAAAACCUUUCUCCUCCCAUCUCUAAAGGUGCUUUUUAUGCCACUAUCAUACAUGACCUGGGGCUUCAUGAUGGGAUCCAGCGCGUUCUUUUUGGCAACAACUUGAACUUUUGGCUGCACAAGCUCAUCUUCAUAGAUGCCAUCUCCUUCCUGUCAGGGAAGAGGCUGACCUUGUCCUUGGACAGGUACAUCCUUGUGGACAUUGAUGACAUAUUUGUGGGGAAGGAGGGAACAAGGAUGAACACCAAUGAUGUGAAGGCCCUGCUUGACACUCAGAAUCUUUUGCGAGCACAAAUCACGAAUUUUACAUUCAACCUUGGAUUUUCAGGGAAGUUUUAUCACACAGGAACUGAAGAGGAGGAUGAAGGAGAUGAUUGUCUUUUGGGGUCUGUGGAUGAGUUCUGGUGGUUUCCUCACAUGUGGAGUCACAUGCAGCCCCACCUCUUCCAUAAUGAAUCAUCAUUAGUGGAGCAGAUGAUUCUCAACAAAAAAUUUGCCUUAGAGCACGGCAUUCCUACCGACAUGGGCUACGCAGUGUCCCCUCACCACUCGGGCGUCUACCCUGUACAUGUACAGCUUUAUGAGGCUUGGAAGAAGGUUUGGAAUAUUAAAAUCACCAGCACUGAAGAAUAUCCUCAUCUGAAACCAGCUAGGUAUCGGAGAGGCUUCAUCCACAAAAACAUCAUGGUUCUUCCAAGACAAACCUGUGGACUCUUCACUCACACAAUUUUCUACAAGGAAUAUCCAGGUGGCCCCAAGGAACUGGACAAGAGUAUUCAUGGAGGGGAGCUCUUUUUCACUGUGGUUCUCAACCCAAUCAGUAUUUUCAUGACCCAUUUGUCUAACUAUGGAAAUGACCGACUGGGAUUAUAUACAUUUGUGAAUCUAGCCAAUUUUGUGCAGACCUGGACCAACCUGCGUCUUCAGACCCUGCCUCCAGCUCAGCUGGCUCACAAGUAUUUUGAGCUCUUUCCUGAUCAGAAAGACCCUCUCUGGCAGAACCCCUGUGAUGACAAACGCCACAGAGACAUUUGGUCUAAAGAAAAAACCUGCGAUCGUUUACCAAAAUUCUUGGUAAUAGGACCCCAGAAAACUGGUACCACUGCCUUGUGUCUGUUCCUGAUUAUGCAUCCUUCCAUCCUUAGUAACUCCCCCAGCCCAAAAUCCUUUGAGGAGGUACAGUUCUUUAAUAGAAAUAACUACCACAGGGGGAUUGAUUGGUACAUGGAUUUCUUCCCAGUCCCAUCUAAUGUCACCAGUGACUUUCUGUUUGAGAAGAGUGCCAAUUACUUCCAUUCAGAGGAAGCUCCUAAAAGGGCUGCUUCUCUAGUCCCCAAAGCCAAGAUCAUCACCAUACUCAUUGACCCAUCGGACCGAGCAUACUCCUGGUACCAGCAUCAGCGAUCUCAUGAAGACCCCGCAGCUCUGAAGUUUAGCUUCUAUGAAGUGAUCUCUGCUGGGCCCCAUGCACCCUGGGAACUUCGCACCCUGCAGAAGAGAUGCUUGGUCCCUGGGUGGUAUGCUAACCACAUUGAGCGAUGGCUUGUUUAUUUCCCUCCCUUUCAGCUGCUAAUUAUCGACGGGCAGCAGCUAAGAACUGACCCAGCUACUGUGAUGGAUGAAGUCCAGAAGUUUCUAGGAGUCUCGCCUCAUUAUAAUUAUUCUGAAGCUUUAACGUUUGAUUCUCAUAAAGGUUUCUGGUGUCAGCUGUUGGAAGAAGGUAAAACAAAAUGCCUUGGAAAGAGUAAAGGAAGAAAGUAUCCACCGAUGGACUCUGAUAGCAGAGCGUUUCUGUCCAGCUACUACCGGGACCACAACGUGGAGCUCUCCAAGCUGCUGCACAGGUUGGGGCAGCCUUUGCCUUCAUGGUUGAGACAGGAGCUGCAGAAGGUGAGGUAGCAUGGAGAAAGCAGCUCAAAUCUGUCCAUGGACUGGCACGUACCUCCUCCAGAGCCAGCAGAAGCUACCAAAACGCUGUCAAACGCAUACCUCUUCGUCAAGAAAAAGAAGCAAGGUUCCUUCCAUGUGCUGGCAUGUGGAUAAUUGUGGGGUGGGCAUAUAAAGUACCUUUAAGAAACUUCCGCAACUAAUGGCCUUCCACUCUGUACUUGUGUGGAAACCUAAUACCAACCAAUGUAAAUUUAAAAAAAAAAAAAGAAAAGAAAAAACAAAACACCGACACAGACCUGUUCCAUUUCACACUAAUAUUUACAAUUUUGUAUAUCAUCUAAAGUUAUAUUUCUGUAGAUUUCUGGACCACUGUUUGACCGUAAAAUGUUUUUUUAAUUGAUUCUGUGAAGUAUCUUCUAUGAUGAUAAAUGUCACAGUGUAAAAUUCCAAAAGCAUGAAAAACAGAAAGGCUGCCAGCAUAGGCCAUGGCAGUGAGACCGAGACUGGAAAGUUAUUUAUGGGUGUUGUCUCCACUAGACACAAACACAGGAUAAAACUAGAGCAAAGGCGCUGACUCCUUGUGCUCAGCCCAGUGUGCUUAUGUAGCUAUGCACCGCAGACUUGGCAGACAGUAAACAGAAACCUUUAUUACAUCAAAAUAGUGAAUGGCGAUGGAAGAGCACUGACUAAAUCCUCUAAGAGAGAGAGGCAGUGAUCAUCUACAGGUAUGCCAUUGAGACCUCUACGCGUUCCGCUCUAAGCUGUGGGUCCAUCCGGGUCACCCUCGGUUGCAGAGAACUGUGAGCAGUGUGUAGGAAGUGUCCUAUCCGAGUCACCUCGACUUCUAGAUGUGCAGGGCAGCUACUGAACAAACUGUAAACUAAGGACUGUUUCUUGGGGUGCUUUAUCGAAGCACUCAGACUUAAAUUAUUGAAAAAUUGCAUUUUCCAGGUGAUCCCAAAGGAAAUUAUGCAAUGUACAGAUUUAAGUGGAAAAGGAAUUAAUUUGCAAAUUGUAAUCUAAUAUUUGAAACGUUUCUUGUGCUACAAGGUGGAGACAGCUGAGCAGGUAAAGUCCAAUGUUUGAUAAUAUCUCCCGUAUCUUCCACAUCCCUACCCUACAGUGAGCGUAGUCAAAUGUAUGAACUAUCUACAAAAACAGGCACAGAAGUGCAAAGGUAAGCACGACUCUUGAAAUCCAUUCAAUUUCAAUUAGACGUGCAAUGAGUCAGGAAUUCAAAACAAGAGUAUAGUCGAUCCUACUUUCCUGUGUUAAUAUUUACUUAAUUUUGUAUUGUAAUUGACACAUAUGUAAAUAUUAAGUAGUACCUCCCCUGUUGUGACUACACAAGCUCUUAUAAAGUAUUUUACAAGAUAUGUUUAGAAAAAAUAUAUGCAAGAAAGUCAAUGGCCUAAAGAUUUUGUGCAUUAUAGUGCACAAAACCAUACUCUUUCAGUUUCUUACCAGUUAGAAAACAAAAGGGACAUGCUUCCAUUCACUGUGUGUUUCCUUAUACACCGUGUAUUUCCUUAUACACAUCGCCAUUAGCGAUUUGUCUGUUUAAGGUUUUUCUGUGUUUUAUGUACUCAAAGAAUACAGAAAGAAUUGAACAAACAACCACAUUUUAAGAGAACCCUGACUGAGAAGCAAAAGCAAAAGACGGAGAAAUCGGUCUUCACCCUUACUGCUGAGUCUUCAGAAGUUGUCACCUGCCAAACCCAGCAGGACAAUCAUCCCUCACUUCCAUGACCAUUAAUUUAAGAAAAUUGGCUCAAGGGGGUCAUGAGACCCAGCAGCUCCAGCUGUUACUGUCUCACUGGCGAUGGUGUCUCAGCUCGUAAAGGGAGGGAGGAAAUAAGUUGACAUAUGUCUCCACAUUUGAACCUCUAGAUAAAUUGGCUACUGACAUCUUUAGUCUAGGUAGACAGUGCCUUUAAAAUAAAUGGCAAAAAUAGCACUUAUAAUGAAUCAGAUAAAAAGAGAGAGGGUACCAAGACCUGUUCACUCACAAGUACAUGUCAGAUGCAGUGUCGGAGAGCAAUCCUUUGAAAGGGUUUUGGCCACUUCGCAUGUCAAAGAGACAGCUCCAAAUUCUAGAGGACACCCACAGGCUUCACACUGUGAGCUCCAGCUGGCCAUUAUGCUAUCCUGAAAGUAACAGAGAUCUAUGAGAAAAGAAUGAGAGAGAACAUGAUUUCAAACUAGCUUUGUAUAGAAUUCUCUUUUUCAUUACUUGUAAUAUGAGACUUCCUCAGGAAGAAAUGAAAUGGUUAUUUCAAUGUUUAUAGCUAUAAUAUUCUUGUCAUUCACAUUGAAUGGAAAUUAUUGGGAACAUUUUUUUUCCUCUGGGUUUAAAAAAAAACCUUCAAUAUAAUUCAAAAAGUGGCAUGAUACCUCAUAUGUAUAACAAUAAACUCUGAUAAGAAAAUGAA